GUUCAAGUGUCGCAGUGUCCCGUUUGGUGGAGGCAGAGAGGAAGUUUGACUCUGCACUGCAGCCUGAGCGCUGCUGUUGCCCACAGGAAUACAACACAACAAUGGCGACUCCCAGUCCUGACAGCAACUCCACAAGCUCCAGCAACAGCAGCAGCAUAGUCGGAUCCACGUCGCACCAUUUUCACCCGCAGACACAGAGCAGCAGCAUGCAAGAAACCAACAGCUGCUGGAGAUGUCAAAAUGAAACAGGGUUUCAGAUAAGCCUGUCUGGAGUGCCCCAAAGUAAACGCAAAGCUCUGAAGCUGAAUUUCGCCAGCCCUCCAGUGAAACCAGCCUCUCGGCUUCCACUCCAUCCAACGGCUCCGUCUUUCCAGAACCCUCACAUAGAGCGCUUGCGUACACACAGUAUCGAGUCGUCAGGGAAGCUGAAGAUCUCUCCAGAGCAGCAUUGUGACUUCACUGCAGAGGAUCUAAGAGACCUCGGGGAGAUCGGUCGCGGGGCGUAUGGCUCCGUCAACAAGAUGGUCCACAAACCCACGGGCCAGAUCAUGGCUGUCAAGAGGAUUCGCUCCACUGUGGAUGAGAAGGAGCAGAAGCAGCUGCUGAUGGAUCUUGACGUGGUGAUGAGGAGUAGUGACUGUCCCUACAUUGUUCAGUUCUACGGCGCUCUCUUCAGAGAGGGGGACUGUUGGAUUUGUAUGGAACUUAUGGCUACCUCAUUAGACAAAUUCUACAAAUAUGUAUAUUGUGCAUUAGAUCACGUCAUUCCAGAGGAAAUAUUAGGCAAAAUAACAUUAGCGACCGUUAAAGCACUGAACCACUUAAAAGAAAACUUGAAAAUAAUUCACAGAGACAUCAAACCUUCCAACAUUCUAAUGGACCGAAAGGGUAAUAUCAAGCUGUGUGAUUUUGGCAUCAGCGGUCAGCUGGUGGACUCCAUAGCCAAGACCAGAGAUGCAGGCUGCAGGCCUUACAUGGCGGUAAGCGUCAAUCAUAAUCAGAGAUACAGGCAGACAUUCACAUAUCAGAUAACACCACAUAUGUUAUGUUGCUUCAUUUUUGAGACCCCACAGAAGUGUGUGCUAAGGGUUCAGUACCUGGUUGUUGUUGAAAUUUUUGCUCUGUUUCUGUCCAGCCUUACAAAGGAUGAAUCAAAAAGGCCAAAGUACAAGGAGCUUCUGAAACAUCCUUUCAUUCUGAUGUAUGAAGAGCGCUUCGUGGACGUCGCCAGUUAUGUAUGUCGCAUCCUGGAUCAGAUCCCCGCCUCUCCCAUCUCUCCCAUGUACGUGGACUGAUGGAGUUUGGCUGGGGGUUGGGGUGGGAUGGGUGGGGUGGGGUGUGGUGGGGGGUUCACCCAACAUGCAGUGGGAGGGACACUAAGCUUUGUGAUGCAACGCUUUGACAUCUUAGCCCUCAGAGUUACGUAGGAUCACCUGUUAAUUCACACGUUCCAAAGAACAAAGGAACUAAGUCCAAACAGCGUAAUGAGCAGAAUAUUGUUAACUCUUCCAGCUCCCAUCACCUCAUUAUAGUCAGUGAAAUCUAAAAUAUCAUCAGCCAUCUUCAGCCAGAGAAACUUGAAGACAUCGUCUUCGUAAAAUGCAAUGCAUCUUUUUAUGUGGGGGAAAAAGGAAUAGAGUAUAUACUUGAAGUCGUUGUACACAAAUACAGAAUCUACCAAAUAAAAUGUUGAACAGUGACACUCAUGACUUAUGAACAAAAAUAGCCAACUAUUGAAAUGUACAUUGUGGACUGUAUGUAUGCAUAUGUGUGUUCACCUCUGAAUUGUCGACAUGUACAGAUGUAUGCUGAUAGACCUACUGUCUAAACACACACACACUCUCUUUUCACACAGUUUGUUGUGGGCACCUUCACUCGUGGUAAAUGAAUGAGUAUGCAAAAGCGUUUCUCUCUGGAGAGCUCAUGGAUUCGGUAGCGUGGCUUUACUUCUGUCUUUUUUUCAAUAUGCAAUCUGUGAGAGUUUGUCUUGACACGUUUGGGACAUAUACAUUUCUCACAUCUAACGUUAGCCAGAGUUUGUACCUUUCAUGUGUUGUCAUUACGUCUGAGUCACAGAGCUAAACGUGGUUUCUUAAAAGAAAAAUCCUCAACUUAGAAGAUCAUGCAACAGAAGUAUCACACUUUAAAGUUAUUUGUAGAAUUGCUUUAUGCCUCUUGUGACCAUCUGGAUCAAACAGUAUUUCGUCUACUACACAGUGAUUUGACUGAAAAAAAAACCCAAUUUCAUUGUAUCCGAAAAACAAGCUAGUUCUCAUUCCCAAGUCAUCAAAUACUGAUGCUUCGAAAACCCAUCAGCAGCAAUACUUGGUGCUCAGAGCAACUGACGUAGUAUAAAGAGCAAGAAAGUCGGAACAAAACCUGACUUUCAUCUAGGAGAAAACAUUUUGUGUUUUGCAUGAAAUCAAAAGUUAGUGUUGUUUUUUCAUAGCAUAUCUUGUACCUAUGUCCUGUGCGAAACCACAACAACCACCUACAGUGGUAGCAACUGACGUCACCCACGUAACGCUAAUACGUUAUGCUACAUUACAAACAUAACAUGAUCUUUUUUCUAGACCUAUACAAAGUAGUGUUGCCUAAACUUAACCAUGACGGUUUCACAACAUUAAUCAUGUGCUACAGUGUUUUUCAGCUGUGCGUCACAUAAAGACUCUAAAGGGUGCCCUGUGCGUCACUAUGAGACGCAGAGGGCCGUGACAAAGCAUCUGUACUUGACUUACCAAAACUAAGAACUGCAGGAAGUGUUGCAGGUUUUUGCUUUUUCCUAGAGAUGGUCGAUUCCUCCUCAGACAAACAGAUGUUUAGCUCUGUCAUUCAAACACAAUUAUAAUUCAUAAGAUGCACAAACUGCAGCUAAUGCAAUGCUUCAUUGCCUGAUGUAAAGUUACUUUAGGACAUGAUAUAUGUCCACUGAUGUAAAUGUGUAUGUAUAUAGUACAUCUAAUCUGCUGUUCCUGGCAGGUUCUGCUUGACAGUUAAGGCUCAAAUCAAGCGGUUAGGAGACCUGGGUGCAGAAUCGAAGUGUGUCUGUAUGUUUCAGUUUGAGAAUGAGUCCUAAUGCUCCUCAGCAGCCUGCCAUAGCACUGUACAGUUAAACUGCUCAUCCACACUGAUCACAGAUGCACCAUGCUGCCAUAUAAAGGCAAACAGUAGUGACUACAGUUUUUAAAAGUCCUGGCAAGGGUUUCCUCUUGAGAAAAAAAAUGACAUCCGUAAAUGCUGCUAAAUGACAUAAUGUCCACUUCUGUACCAACCACACAACUGUCAGGAGAGGAGGAAGGUCUCUCCUCACAUGGUUACUGCUCUUUGACCCUUAAGGUCUUCAUGGACUCAGCAUGUUCCUCCGUGACUUGGCAUGUCUGUCUGGCUCGCACUGAUGAUAGAAUGUUUCCCACGCCAAACCAUGUAUUACACUUGGGUUGAUCUCUGUAGUCUUAGAAGCGUUCCCUUACCUGUUUUCCUCCACCGGCGCUGAUAUACCAGGACAGGCUAAGGGGAGGUUGCAGCUUGAGACUAUUGAGAUCCACCUGCCGCUGUUCCCUCUCAGAAAGCCAUACCUACCAGGUGGGGUCACUCCCCCACAGAGCGGAAGCUACUUAACCAAACUGUCCAUAUGGAUGGUGGUCCUUAAAACUGGGACACUGUAGAGACUUGUAAUGAAUUUAAUGGAUAAGGAUGGAAUUAUUUACAUUUUAUAUUUGUCAACAAAUCCCAUUAAUAUAAUAUUAAAUACUACCAGGCUUAUCUUUUAACCUAGCAAAAACUAGUCAUUUAAUUUUAUGUAACAGAGCUGAUACAGUAAUAACCCAGUACGUAUACAAUGAUUUAAAGGGACACUUCACCUGCCAAAGGAUGAUUUGUGUAUCGAUUGCUUCCUCUGUUACAGUGAAUUUGUGGAGAAAACUUAAUCUUGCAUGCCUCCACGGUUGAUGAAGAACCAUAAAAUGAAAUUCUCAAUGACUUGAAGUCAUAGGGAUCCACAUUUAGUAACAGCAAAACUAUCAAAACAUCCAUUUCCAAACUCACAUACAACUUGUGCAGUACAGUCCCAGUCUCAGGGGUUAGUUCAGGCCCCAGCAAGGUAAAAUGUCAAUGGAGUCUGGCUUUGAAGUGAGCAUAGAUAAGUUUCACUUUUAGCUCAGUUCCCCAUUGGAAAGGGACGUCUGUUUAGGAAGUACUGAGCAUACCACUGGAUAAAUGAGACUUGGAUUAUACUGCAUGAGUUAUGUGAGAGUUCGUGAACCCAUGUUUUUAUAUAGUUUUGCUGUUGUUAAAUGCAGACCCCUUUGACUUCAAUUCAUCAAGACUUUUCUCAGUUUAUGGACUCUUUUUACCGUAGAUGUGAGAAAUACUUUUUUUUUUUUUUUUAUAUGAAUUCAAUGAAACACGGGGUGAGUAAUGGAUAUACAAAUGAUCAUUUGGGGGGUGAAGUAUUUCCUCAAGUCAACAGCUGACUUUCUCAAGAUCUGCAGAAUUAUUACUAUUAGUGUAAAACUUUUAGCUUAUUGUGAAGAAAUUACAUUAAAGGAACUUGCUGAAAUGGCCACUCCAGCAAUUUUAGUAUUGUGUUUGUCUGCAAGAGACAGACUAAAAAAUUAUGGUCAAAAUUGAUUCAGCAAAGGCCUAGAUAUCCUCACCAAAAAAGAAUAAUCCUGUUGACAUCAUGGGGGUUAUUUUCUCAGACUUGACAAAGCUCCUCCAGAGCCACAAAUGAAGUUAUACAACUGUUUUCAGAGGCUGAAUAGUACUCCUGGUGACUAUAAAUUUGACACAGGUGUGAAAUUUGUUGGAGUUCCUGUAAUGUUUUAUCAAAAAUUCUAUGAUCUCUACAGAUGUCAGCCAUGUUGGCAAAUGGCCACCAUCGUUGUUGAGGAGUUUGGGGUUGCAUUAAAAGUAGAUUUGUUGAAUACUUGUGGCUUAUUUGAGAGGGUAAAACAUUACAACCAAGUUGGUGGAGAUGCAGUGUCCAGUCAUUAUUCUCUCUGUAGUAAAAAUGGAGAAUUCUGUCAGCUCUGCUCUCUCCAUUAUUCUGUGAUUUGAAAUGGUGCAAACCCUGAGAAAGCCCACAGUCUCAUCUGACUCAACAGACGGAGCCGUUACUGCAGUCUCCAGAUGUGUUCUUCUCUCAUGGGAUACAUUUCCACUGGUGAAUAUAAAUCUCCAGGGUACAUGUUGUAUAAAUUGCAAUUUACUAGAAUGUUCAUAUUAGAUUAUAAGAUAUUAAGGGCGAUGAAUAUUAUAUUGUAUCUUUAUCGAGGGUUACAAAUAAAGUUCCCAUGGAAAAUAUUGAAAACCUGUAUUGUGUGCUUCUUGUGAAUUGGACAUGAAUAAAAAGUAACUGCAGAAAUGAU